UCAUUUCCAGAGCCCACCUUCCAGACCCUCUGCUGGACCAACAAUGUCGCCCGGUCCAAACCCACCCGACUACAUAAUCAACCCACCCAUCACAAUUCCCAACCCACCUGAAUACAUACCCAGCCCACCCAAGCGCACACCAAAUCCACCCAUUUACAAACCACCUGUAGUAUACCCGGCGCCAAUUCUGCCACCACCUCCGUCGCACGAGGUCCACCAGUUUGCCGUAUGGUGCGUGGCUAAGCCUUCGGUGCCCGAUCCAAUAAUCCAAGAGGCCAUGGAUUACGCGUGUGGAUCGGGCGCAGAUUGCAAUUCUAUUCAGCCCAAUGGGCAAUGUUUUCAGCCCAACACUUUGCUUUCACACGCUUCUUAUGCCUUUAAUAGCUACUGGCAGAGCAGAAAGGUGACCGGAGGUACCUGUGAUUUUGGUGGGACCGCCAUGCUUGUCGCCAUUGAUCCCAGUUCUUAUGGAUGCCAGUAUAUCUAUACUUGAUGAUGCUAAUGUAUGCAAAUCUUGAAAAGAAGCAUAUGACCCCAAACCCAAUUUGAAUGUCUGUUUACAGCUAUGUAUUAUACAGAAAUCAGUCAAGAAUUCGAAGCUGCUCUUUUCAUUUUCCUUAUAUUAUAUUCUGUAAAAAGGAAGGAUUUUUGAGGUCUUCCAUUUGUUUAAA